CGCUUUCCCCAUUAUUCUCUCUUUCUUUCUCUUCUCUCUCUUCUUCAUCUUCUUCCCAGUUAAUGCUGCAAACCCCCAUUAUUGAAUAGAUUAAAUUAAAUGCACUUAUUCUAAUACAUUCAAGGGGUUUGAUUUAAUAACAAGAUCUUGUAAUUUUGGGGUUUGAUUGAUUAAUUAAUUAAACAAUUUCUUCAGAUUUUAUAUUUUUAUUAUAAAAUCAAUGGAGAUUUCAGUUGAUGCCACCAACAAACCCACAAAUUUGCAAGUUAAAGGUGAGAAGAUGGUUACGAGAAAAUUCGGUGUCGAGAUCAGUAAUAAUAGAAGAACAUUGGGAGCUAUUAAUCAGAAACCAGGAGCUCAACUCUAUCCAUGUGUUGUCAACAAGAGAGCUUUAUCACAAGCAAAUGGAAACAAUGAGAACAAUGCUGUAAACCAGAUUCAUAGACCAAUGACAAGGAAACUUGCUGCUCAAAUUGCCAAUAAGAAACAGUGUUUCCCUGAGGAUGUUUUGAAGCCGAAACCAUCACCAGAGAGUUUUAAGGUAUGGGAAGAUGUGGAGGAUCGACCGGUUCCUAUGUCGUUGGAAACAAAAAAGCCUCAAAAAGACCAUAUGCAGGAAGUUGAAAUGGAGGACAUACUUGAAGAACCUGUGGUGGAUAUCGAUAUGGCAGACUCAAAAGAUCCGUGUGCUGUUGUUGAAUAUGUUCAAGACCUACAUUCUCAUUACAGAAGGAUGGAGAGUUCAGGCAUGGUUUCACCAAACUAUAUGUUGACACAACAAUCUGAUAUUAAUGAGCGAAUGAGAGCUAUAUUAAUCGACUGGCUCGUUGAGGUGCACCACAAGUUUGAUCUUCAACACGAGACACUGUUUUUGACAGUUAACCUCAUAGACAGGUUUUUGGCUAGGCAAAGUGUGGCCAGAAAGAAGCUGCAAUUAGUUGGUUUAGUUGCCAUGCUUUUGGCUUGUAAAUAUGAGGAAGUUUCUGUCCCUGUUGUCGACGAUUUGAUUUUCAUCUCGGACAAAGCUUACUCCAGAAGCGAAAUUCUUGAAAUGGAGAAGUUAAUGUUGAACACAUUAGAGUUCAACAUGUCAGUUCCAACCCCAUAUGUGUUCUUGAAAAGAUAUCUAAAGGCGGCACAAUCAGAGUCAAAACUCGAGCAGGUGUCCUCUUUCUUGAUGGAGCUUUGCCUUGUGGAAUACGAGAUGAUCAAAUUCUCGCCGUCCUUCUUAGCUGCAGCUUCUGUGUACACUGCUCAGUGCAGUCUUUAUGGACUGCAACAAUGGUCCAAAACUUGUGAAUGGCACACGAAUUACUCUGAAGAUCAGCUUCUGGAAUGCUCGAGAAAGAUAGUGGGAUACCAGGAAAACGCGUCAACAGGAAGAUUAACAGGAGUUUACAGGAAAUACAAUACUUCAAAGUUUGGCUACGCUGCAAAAUGUGAGCCAGCCAAGUUUAUUGUAGAUCAGACCCAACAAUGAAGAAGAAGAGAGCAAUUAUACUGACAUAAUGCAACUGAUGAAAACUUUGGGUGUUGAUUUUAACAAAUGAGGGAUUCUGUGAGGGGGUGGUUUAGAAAGAAAAAAAAUAACAUAGCAACUUUACUCUUGUUGCCCUUUUAGGGGUUUUGAGGGGUGGGGUGUUACUUUACAUUUACAUGGUGGUUCAAUUUGUAUGAACUACAUAGGCCUAAUUGUUCAUGUUGAACAUAAUUGAUGAACUCAUGAUUUUCUUUCUAUUUUUUACAAUAAAUGAAAAGCAUAAUGUUUAAUGCA